CGUGGAAUUCCGGCGGCGAAUAUGUGUGGGCCGCAUCGUUAUUUUUGGGCCGAAGACAGAACUGGGCUCUCGCUGGAGUAACGAGUUCUCUCUGUUCGAGUCUCCCCUAACGUACUGUCUGGUCACCGCAACUCCGCAAGGCGGCUUCCCAAGGCGGCGGCGCUUCCUUCUCUCCGAGAGAGAGAGAGAGAGAGCAGAACAGAGUAGAGCUGUGUAGCCAUGGCAUGGGAGGUGGCUGUAGAAGAGGAGGAUUACGGGGAGGAGAUGGCGGCGUCGGAGUCGGAGGCGGAGGACGUUGUGGUGGGGCAGAUGCCGACGGUGAUGGUGCCCAAGCACAUCAACAAGCGUUCCCUCAAGAACAAGGCGCUCUCCGUCACCCUCGACAAGAAAGCUCUCAGGGAUUUCGUGACUGGGUUCCACAAGAGGAAGAAGAAGAGAAGAAAAGAAGCACAGAAGGUUUUGCAGGAGAAGGAGAGGAAGAAGAGAAUCGAGGAGCGCAAGAGGAGAAAACAAGAGAAGGAGAUUGCUCUAUAUGGUAGAGUACUAUCAUCAGAUGAUGCUGGAUUAGAAAAUGAAGAUAUUGGCGAUGAUGGCGAGGAGGUGGAAAAUGAUGAAACUUUGUCUGAAAUCAAAACUUAUGAAGAUGAUGCAACUAGAAUCACAGUGACCACUAGUGAAAUUACUCCUGAAGAUGAUGACAUUGGACCGAGAACUGUUGGCUCCAUGUCGAUGAGCUACACCAACAAGAAUCCUAGCUCAGUGGCCAAGAAGAACUCUAGCUUAGGCGUGAAGAAGAAGCCACAGAAGAGAACGUUCAAGAACAAGAGCAAGAGCAAGGCGAAAAAGGGCGACAAGAAGCGGGCCGCGGUAAAGGGUAAAAAGAAGGGCAGAGGACGGAACUAGUGUUUCCAGUCUGUAGAGAAGAAUGGUAUGGCUGACUGGGUCACUGGGCUGUGGGUAACCUCAUAUAAUUUGCUCUGCUGUCUGCACUUGCUUGUUGCUCAUCCAUACGGGGCUGGUAUGCUAAGCUGCGAGUUGUGCUGCUAAGAUGUUGAGUUGAGCUCUGCAUGUCGGCUGUCAAUCUCAGGGUGUCCAUCCAUGAAAGAACUGUUUUAAUCCUAGUUGAGAUAAUUUUCGUGAUAGUUUUUUGCCCUU